CCUAGAUAUUGCGGCAACUCCCCGCGAAAAUCAAAUAUUCAACGAAAUUGAGGGUUUUGUUUGCACGUGCGAAUUAUUUUCUCAAAGUUAAAAUCACAAAAUUUGUUUAAACAUUUAAAAUAACUACAGCUUUUGUAUUUCUACAGAAUGAAGAUCAAGCGUCAUAAAAAGUUUCAAAAGAAUGUCAAGUACUUCAUGAAACAUUUUGAUUGGAAAGCACCAUUUCAUAUUUUGGCCGACGGAACAGUUGCGAAGGCUGCUUUGGACAACAAGGUAAACCUUCGUGACCAACUCCCAAAGUAUUUCGACAAUGCGGUCAAGUUGUACACUACUCCAUGCUGUCUCGUGGAAGCUGAAAGUCUAGGUCCAGAACUUUACGGUGCAGUACAAGUUUUGAAGACAUUUCUAGUCUAUAAAUGUCCUCAUUCUGAAGAGAGCAUUUCUGCUGCACACUGUGUGAAAUCCAUGGUUGGUCAGAAACUCGCACCACAAAAAUCAAAGUCAAGCAAUAGCGAAGUUCCUGAGUCUCCGGACGUUCCUGCACCCAGUAGGUCUAAUGACCCCAUUAGAUUCAUACCUGCCACACAAGAUCAUUAUUUAAGAAAACAGUUGCGGCAACUUCCUGGAACUCCGUUGCUCUAUUUGAAUGGACCAGCCCCCCAUUUUGAACGACCGUCAUUAGUUACCCAGGAAGUGGCAAAGGACAAAAGCGUAAAGAAGUUGGAAGUUAUAACAUAUCAAAAAGAAAUCCUUGACAGGAUGAAAGAUGAGGCCUUUGGUGACUCUCCCCUACCUGAACGUAAAGGGACCAAGAAGCGGAAACGCGCUGGUCCAAAUCCGUUGUCUGUGAAAAAAUCUAAGAAGAAAAAAACAGUCCUCACUUUGAUUCCAGGAGCUAGUACCAGCCAAAAUAUCGGUAACAAUAAUUCCCCAGGAGGAGACAGAGGAGUAAAAAAGAAACGCAGACGAGUCCGAAUUCCAAAACAUGUGAAGCAGGAGCUGGCUACAUUUAAACGUCAACAGCAGCAGCAGCAGGCAACACCGAAGGCCGUAGAGUAAUGUAAUUACCUGAUUUUUUAUACUUUAGCAAAAAAGCAUUAUAAUUCAUAAAUGAUUUUGAUAUCGCUGGUUGACUUCUGCAAACUCCAUAAAAUCAAUUGCAGGUGAUGAUCAUAUGAAUGUAUAGCAAAAUCGUCUUUAUUGACUGUUAUAAGAUUAGCAGUAGUGUCGCCGUUCACAGUAAAUUUUUAGUUCUUUGGAUUAUUUAGGUAGAAAUUAACUUUGGUUGUAUUAAAUUUGGACAAGAUUGUUUCCGCUUUCGCUGGUUAAAAUGUGCUUAAAUAUAAAAAUAUUGAAUUUAGAUUACGGGAUUUUUGUACAAAACAUGAUAGAAAAUGGAUAAAAUCAAAAAACCUACAGU